GGGUACGGGGAGGAGGGCGUGGAGCCGAGGGGCCGCACACGGGGAACCGCAGCCGGGCGUUAGGUAGGGGAUGAGGGAGCAUCGCCCCGAAGCCCUGCGUUUAUGGAGCAGCAGACAGCCAGACCUAACCGUGCUUUGCUGCUCUCGGAUUUGUCACCAUGAACCUCUUGCCAUUCCAGUCCCUCUGUGCUUUCCUGCUUCCCCAAGUUUGGUUGGCAUUGAGCAUGCAGGAAAUCCAUGCUGACCAGGAGACAAUUGCCAAGAUCUCAGCUGCUGGCCAAUUGAUGUGGUGCUCAGCUUCUGUUGAUAUCCUUUUCCUCUUGGAUGGCUCCUACAGCGUUGGCAGAGGCAGCUUUGAAAGAUCAAAGCACUUUGCAGGCAAGCUCUGUGAUGCCCUAGACAUCCAUCCAGGCAGGGUCCGCGUAGGAAUGGUACAGUUUAGUUCAGCUCCCCACCUUGAGUUCUCAUUGGAUUCCUACCUAACCAAACAAGAAGUGAAAGAGAGGAUCAAGAGGACAGCAUUCAGAGGUGGCAGCACAGAGACCGGCCGGGCUCUGAAAUACAUUCUCAGUAAGGGAUUCCCUGGUGGCAGGAAUUUGACUGUCCCCAAGAUCCUGAUCAUCAUUUCAGAUGGGAAGUCCCAGGGCAGUACUGCAAUGCCUGCCAUGCAGGUGAAGGAGAGAGGGACAACAGUUUUUGCAGCGGGAAUCAAGUUUCCAAGGUGGGAGGAGCUGCAUGCUCUGGCCAGUGAGCCCACUGAGCAACACGUGCUCUUUGCCGGCGACGUCAGCGAUGCAGCCAAUGGUCUGUGCAGUGCCCUGAGCAGCUCCAUCUGCAGUGUCACCACACCAGGUUGCAAAGUUGAAUCCUUCCCUUGUGAACGCAGAACUCUGGAGACUGAGAAAGAACUGGCUGGAAGCUACGUCUGCUGGAAAGGCUCAAAGCAGCAGAAUGUAGUGCAUGCUUCACUGUGCCCUUUUUACAGAUUGAGAAGAGUCUCAAUAAAACACCCAUCCAGAUGCUUCCGAACCACAUGUACAGACCCUUGUGACUCCCAGCCAUGCCAAAAUGGGGGUACGUGUGUCCCAGAGGGACUGGACAAGUACCACUGCCUGUGCCCUGUGGGAUAUGGAGGAGGCAUACAUUGUGCGCCAAAGCUGAGCCUUGAUUGUGCUGUGGAUCUCCUUUUCCUGAUGGACAGCUCAGCAGGGGUCACAUUGGAGGGAUUCCUGCGUUACAAGGCGUUCCUCAAGAGGUUCCUUCAAGCAGUGAUGGGCUGGGACUCACCUGCAAAUGUAGGGGUGGCCCAAUACGAUACCAACGUCAGGAUACCCAUUGAAGUGGGACAACACAAGGAUGUGUUUGGUCUCAUGAAGAGCAUUGAUGCUUUGAAUUUCAGCGGGGGAGGAACCCUGACAGGCAGAGCCCUGCGGUACAUUGCACAGCACGGUUUUAGGAGCACCCCAGUCUUUGCAGAUGUGCUGGAUGACCUCCCACGCGUGGUGGUCUUGCUCACUGACUCCAAGUCCCAAGACCCAGUGGCAGAAGCUGCCAAGUAUGUAAGGGACAGAGGUCUCUUGUUGAUCAGUGUAGGCAGCAGCUUUGUGAGGGCAGACCUGGCUGAAGUGACUGGCAACCCAAAGCAGACCAUUGUCUACUCAGACCCCCAGGAUUUGUUCAACAGGAUCCCAGAGCUGCAGAGAAGAAUUUGCAGUGUGAACAAUCCUGCAGGCUGCCAGGUGCAGUCUCUUGAUUUGGUGUAUGCAGUGGAUGCCUCAGCUGGAGUUGGCCUGGUGAAUUUUCUGCAGCUGAGGGACUUUGUCAGGAGCAGCUCUUGGCACUUCACCAUCAACUGGGAUGUCACCCAAAUUGCCCUUGCGGCCUAUGGCAGCAGAGCUUACACUGUGUUCGCAUUGGACACCCACACAAACAAUUCAGCUCUCCUCCAAGCCAUCAACCAGAUGCCUUUCCUUGGAGACGUUGCCUCUGCCAGCAGUGCCUUACUCCACAUUAACACUGACGUGAUGACGGUGCAGAAGGGAGCAAGGCCUGGUGUCAGCAAGGUGGUGGUGGUGCUCACAAAUGGAGGUGGCAUGGAGGAUGCAGCUGCCCCAGCUCAGCAGCUGAGAGACAACGGUGUCGUGGUGUUUGUGGUUGUCAUUGGGGACACAGAGAGAGACACCCUGCUGAGGGUGUGCAUGUAUUCCUAUGAAGACCUGCAGCAUUAUCAAGACCUCAUCACUGAAAGAAUCUGUGAAGAAGCAAAAAGCCCUGUGAACCUGUGCAAACCCAACCCGUGCAUGAACCAGGGCGUGUGCAUCCUCAGGCCGGGAAGCUACUGGUGUGAAUGUCAUGGCUGGGAAGGACUCCACUGCGAGAGCAGAGUUCCCUGAGGUGAUUCUCCAAGAUUUCCAGUCCUCCCUCCAGACUCCCAUAUGCAGCAGAUUCCAGGCAGUUUUCAGCACUUCUCUGGAGACCGCCGGCACCUGAAAAGGUCCUGAGAUGCUGACCCAGAAGUGGUGAGCUCCAGUUCUGAGCUAGCAAGACACAGCUGCCCUUGGUUGAGUGACUGGACCAUUCCCACUUCCUGCACUGCACAAACUGGGCUUUCUGGUGCUCUCUUUCUUUUGGAAUCAAGUAAAUAUUUGAUAUUAAGUAUUUAUUUUUGGCAUUUUUAUGUGUAAUUGUUAUAUUUUUAAGACUUCUUGAGAGGUCUUUGAAUUAGUCUGAAAACAUGUAGACAUCUGAGCAAUUCUGGAGCUCCCACUGAUGGCGGAUUAUGGAGAUGGCAGCUCAGGUUCCCAGAGCAUAGGGGUUUUUAAGGAAGUGUUGAAGCAAUAGGCUGGGUCAGACUCUGAGCCAGUUGUCAUCUUGAUGUUAGCUUUUGCCUCAUCCUGAAGAUUUGAUUGUCUUUCUAAGCUGAUACUUGAUCUUGGCCAGAAGUGAUACUUUCAGUGCAAAAACUGCAGAAUGAAAUCAAAUACAGUUGCUGGUGAGCAGGUUAGGCAGCAAGUGAUGCAGUGAAUGGUGUGCUGCACACAGCUGGACAAAUAAGAGGAAGAGGAACUGGUUAUGAACCCCUGUUCUUAAGUUAUCCAUGCUGCUUUUUUCUCUGAGUUUAUUUGGGCCAGUCUAAUAAGGUUUAUCUUCGUAGGCAUUUUGUAGCUGCCUGUUUUGUUAAGUUUUGAAAAUAGUUGGUUUUGCAAAACGUUCAGUGGAUUGUGUGACCCCAAAGUGGUUGCUGUGUGAUUCUGCCACCCCUUGGUGUUUCAAGCCGACCUGAUUCCCCAGCACAACAGCAGCCUCUGCAGCCAGAUUUCAGCCUCUCCUGGGCUCUGAUAAUAUUUGCGUCUCCAGAGACAGUUUGGCCUCAUGCUCGUAUCCUCCAAAGCAGCACUGGGUCACCAGGUCAGUUUGCCCUUAAAGCUAUGAACUGUGCUCCUGAGGGUGGCAAGUCACACUGUUGUGUUGUUCUCUGCUGCUUUUCCCAUGGCAUCCGUCUUUUAGGGCAAGCCCUAUCAGGGACACGAGCAGUUGCUGCCAGUCCCAGUGAGAAUAGCAACUGUUGUUCAGAGGAGGAGAAAAACCCCUUCACUCAGAUCUCCUGGUCUGAAUAGUAACAUCAGAUGUAUCAAAAGAGAGACAAAUUAUUCUGCAGGUUCAUUGUCAGAAGGACAAUUGUUUGAGGCUCCCCUGAGACUGAAAGCUGGCCCCAAGACAAUAUAAUGCUAUUACAUCUUGUAGGAGAAGCAAGAAUUUCCUCUUUUCAGUACAUGGUCUGUGUCUUUUGGUGCCUAAGGCACAGCAAAACAGGCUUACGUGGAGGAAGAGCUGACGUUUUGGUAGAAAGAGAAAUGAUUCUACCAAGAUCAUUCAUAUAGGCAGCUCUGCAUAAGCACUGUCUCCACUGUGUAAGUGUUAUCUGAAGGGAGAAUGGGUAAUACCAGGUUUGCAGCUAACCUCAGAAGCCAUGGUUUGUGUUUGUGGAGGUGGCUGGAUUCCAGCUGAGCUGCACGGGAGCCUCUUCCCAGUCUCUCUGUGCAUCCCCUGCUGUGUGCUGGGUCCAAGAUCAUGACUUCUUCCCAUCACUGCCCCAUUUGUAGUCCUCCUUUCUGCAGGGCUUUACCAAAGGAGAGCACAAACCCAUCAGCACAGCCCUGUGGCCCUGCUCAUAGGGGUGAAGCACUCUGCAAGGAUUCCUGCAGGAACCUUCACUGGUCAUGGGCCAGGUGCUGACUGCAGGGGAGAGCCUAUUUCUCCUGCAAGGAACUGGGAUUUAGCUAAACUCCUUCCUCCUUUUCCUGUCAGUGAUGGGAGCAGGCACCAAGCACUGCACACAGUUGCUACCUGGUGGCAAGCAGAAG